UCUUGUGUAAUCAUAAAUACUACUCUGAGGAGACAGGAAGUCUCAGAGUUUGGAGAGCAAAACAGCAAGAUCGUCUGACAGGAACCACCAGUAAGCAGGUUCUGGCUGAGAGCUACCCAGUGGUGAGCUGGCUCACCAGCCACAACACACAGGACUGGGCUGCAGGAACAGCAUUAUCAGCAUCAUGUUAUCACAGCCCAAGACCAAGAAAGCCUUUCAGUCCUCUACUCCAAAGGGCAUCAUUAUCCCCCCAAAAGAGAAACCUGGACACAUCGACCAAAAAGAAGAUGAACUGCAGAAUGAAGCCACCAUUCUUGGAACUGUCCAGAUCCUGUGUUGCCUGAUGAUUUCAAGCUUGGGGAUUGUUUUGGUUUUUGCUCCUUACUCUUCUCACUUCAACCCAUCAGUUUCCACCAUUUUGAUGUCCGGGUACCCGUUUGUAGGAGCUCUGUGUUUUGCCAUUACGGGAUACCUCUCAAUUAUCUCUGGGAAAAAAUCAACUAAGCCCUUUGCCAUAAGUAGUCUGUCCUCAAGUGCAGUGAGUUUUGUUGCUGCUGGAGCAGGCCUCUUCCUUCUCACUGCCAGCCUGGUGGCCCUGGGGACUGCCACUCAGCUGUGUGACUCAGAAAAGGAGCAUCUAUCUUCAAUACAUGAAGUCAAGGACUGUCUCCUGACCCGUGUUAGUCUAAUAGGUGUGCUGGUGGUGAUGCUUACCUUUACUGUGCUGGAGCUCUUAAUAGUUGCAUACGCUUCUGUCUUUUGGUGGAAACAGGUCUAUUCCAACAACCCUAGUACAUUUUCCUUGCUUCAGUCACAAGAUCUUAUUGAACAUGUCAAAAAGAUUCUUCAAGGUCAUGAAUAUGAACGACACUUGGCUGUAGAAGAAAAAGGAGGAGAAAGCCCAGUGCUCAUGGUUAAGUGUUAUUAGACUGUCUUGAAAUUUCAGCUACUUUAAACACUGAAAGACACUUUUGAAAAAUAGCUUUUGUUUUGUACUGGGUCAGUCUGAGUAAUUUUAUUGCUCAUGAAAAUAAUUUCCCAAAAGCCCAGUUAGAAUUUUAUGAGCUAGUCUCCCAAAAUGGCCAUUAAACUUUAUAAAUUUCUUUGGGUAAACUGAACAGAAAGUGAUUCAUCUAUCGAUAAAUAAGAAGAGAAAAUGUGCCCUCUCGUGCUGGUGUGAAUUGGCUAAGUCCUGUCACCGUGCAGACCUCAUUUCUGUAUUAUUUUCACACACAUAUUGCUUAACUCUAAGAUAUUAGGAUUGCAAGAACAGUUUAAUCAAAAACACUUUAAAAAUAUAGGGUUCCAUUCCUGUCAACUGAAUGAAUUAAAUUUCUGUCAAUUUAA